AUGGAUCAGAAUGUGCCGCGUAAUGACGCACAGACACCGAGCACCUCUGCAGCCUCCGAUGAGACCAGCGCGGAGGCAGCGGAGCCAUCGGGGGACGCGCCCCCGGCCCCAACACCUCCCCCCGCGGACGGCGCUGCUGGGGACCCCCCCGACGACCCAGACAGCGGGUUCGGGUCUGCGGAGCCCGCGGUGGGGCCCGCGGUGGAGCCCGCUGCUGGGCCCGCGGUGGAGGCCCCCACUGCUGUCAAUGACCCUGACAGCACUCCUCCUCCCCCCGAGGAGCAGGUGUGUGACAUGAGCCAGGAGCUGAGCAGUGUGGGAGACAGUGACUCUGAGUUUUUAGAUGAGGAGAUGUCAGAUGGGGAGCAGUGUCUCUAUCCUCAGAAGAGAAAGGGAGGCAGUUCUCAGAGCACUGAGAAACCGUUUAAAGUCACAAGCAGUUUGAGUGAAGGGAUGAGGAGUGUAAAGGUAGAAAACUACUUUCCUAACCUGAAGCUUUUCUCUGAGACGGCCCGGCCCCUGGUGUGGAGCUCCAGCUCUCAGGACGAGGACGCUCUCACAGACCAGGAGAGAUUCAGGCUCAAGAAACUCCUGAGCAAAGUCAGGGCCCAAGUGGCCAGCAGUUUAAAUAUUAAUGGUUGCCGGGACAGAGCGAAGCGAGCUGCUCUGUUCCAGUUCUUGCAGAUGAAAGGAGUAGAUGUGGUGCUCCUACAGGAGACACACAGUACUGCAGAGAUAGAGUCAGACUGGAGGAGGGAGUGGGGGGGCCAGCUGGUUCUCAGCCAUGGCUCCGCCUCCAGUGCAGGAGUAGCAGUGUUGUUCUCCAGGAGGUGUCUUCCAGUGAGUGUAGAGACUGAGGAGGUGGUAGCGGGCCGCCUGCUCCUGGUACGUGCACAGUUGGAGACCACUACAGUAACUUUUGUGUGUGUGUACCUGCCGUGCACUGGAGCACAGAGGGUCCUGAUGAUGGACACUCUGUGUGAAUGCAUCAGGGACUGCACAGACUCUGGGGACGUCCUGUUUGUGGCCGGGGACUGGAACUGUACUGUGGAACCACAACAUGACAGGAACCACCCUGAGCCCCACCCGGCCUCCUCCCUCAGGCUGAGGCGGCUGUUGGAGGUCCACAGUCUGGAGGACGUGUGGAGGACUCUGCACCCAGGGGUCCGUGAGUACACGUGGUCCCACUGUAAGGACAAUGCUCUGUCUCUGGCCCGUUUGGACCGAGUGUAUGUUCCGGGACACCAGCUGAGCAUGUGCACUGCGGCUCACAUCAGUCCUGUGGGUAUCUCUGACCACAGUUUUAUUGUUUGUGUAAUUCGGGUGUCUAAUGUGCGGGUGGGCAGUGCUUACUGGCACUUUAAUAAUUCACUGCUUUUGGAUAAAAUGUUUGUUUGUGCUUUUAAAGUGUUUUGGGAGUCCCACCAGCGAUGUAAGGCCCACUUUGUGAGCCUGCAGCGAUGGUGGGACUAUGGGAAAGUUCAAAUAAGGCAGCUGUGUCAGGAGUACACUCAUGGUGUCACAAGAGACAGGGCCCGGCUUGUGAAGGAGCUGGAGACUACAGUGGUAGAACUGCAGCGUUUAGCAGUUUCUACAGGAGAACGGGGGUGUUUACAGUCCCUCAAAGCACAAAAGUCGGCCUUGGCCAGCCUGCUGGGCACCUCUGCACAGGGGGCUCUGGUCCGGUCCCGCCACAUGGAUCUGACCCAGAUGGAUGUACCCUCUCAGUUUUUUUUCAGUCUGGAGGUAAAGAACGGGCAGAAGAGGAUCAUCCAGUCUCUGCGCUCGGACGGCGGUCGCCUCAUCACAGACUCUGCCGAGGUCAGGAGCCUUGCCGCAGGCUUUUAUGAACAUUUGUAUAGCUCUGAGCUGCGUCCCGGGUCUGUUAUGGGAGGCCGGUUUGGGGACGGUCUGCCUCAGGUCAGUGAUGAGGACAAUAUGAAGCUGGAGGCCCCACUGACUCUGGCUGACUUGGGCUCUGCGGUGGGGAGUCUAAAACCAGGCAGAGCUCCGGGCAUAGACGGACUUUCGGCCGAUUUUUACAAGGCCUUCUGGGACGUCUUGGGGCCAGACCGUCUGGAGGUCUGUACGGACAGUCUGGAGAGCGGUCGUUUGCCCCUGAGCUGCAGAAGAGCAGUACUGACUUUGCUCCCAAAGAAGGGUGAUCUGCAGCUCCUAAAGAACUGGAGGCCGGUGUCGCUGCUCUGCAUGGACUACAAGAUCCUGUCCAAGGUGUUGGCGUCCCGGCUGAGAGGGGUCAUGGCCUCGGUCAUCCACGUGGACCAGACGUACUGUGUGCCCAGCAGGCUCAUAGGGGAUAACAUCGCCCUGAUCAGAGACGUUUUGGAGGUCUCCGGCUCAUUGGGAAUCAACCUGGGACUGAUUUCCAUAGACCAGGAAAAGGCGUUUGACCGGGUUGAACACCAGUACCUCUGGCAGACCAUGACUGCCUUUGGGUUCAGCCCUGGGUUCAUCGCCCACAUCCGGACUCUGUAUUGUGACGUCAUGAGUGUACUGAAGGUGAAUGGGGGGCUCAGUGCGCCGUUCAGUGUGGGGAGGGGCAUCAGGCAGGGCUGCUCUCUGUCUGGGAUGCUCUACUCCCUCUCCAUCGAGCCCCUUCUGCAUCGGCUCAGAGCUGACCUGCAGGGGGCGCUGCUGCCUGGAGCACGACCAUUUAAGGUCUCUGCGUACGCAGAUGAUCGUAUUGUGUUCGUUAACAGCCAGAGGGAUGUGGAGGUCCUGGCUGACACGGUGCAGGUCUUUGGUCAGGUCUCCAGCUCUAGGGUGAACUGGAGCAAGAGCUCUGCCACUCUGCUCGGGGAGGAGUUUAGUGCUCAGGUGUUUGUGGGGGGGGUCGGGUACUCCAGCCGCAGCAGGAGGAGGGGGCGGCUGCUCAGUUUCCUGGUCGGUCAGGCCAAGAUGGCCGUCUAUGUGAGCAGGAGGAGGAUGGUCCAGGACCAGAGUGAGGUCAGUCCCAGGGCUCUGCUGGUCCGGAUGGUCCAGGCCAGACUCAGGCUGGAGUUCGGUCUCUACAGGAUAAAUGGGGAUCAGGAGGGGUUUGAGGAGCGCUGGGGGUUCAGGGAGGUGUGCUCUGUGAGGGAGGUGUCCUCUGUGAGGGAGGUGUGCUCUGUGAGGGAGGUGUGCUCUGUGAGGGAGGUGUGCUCUGUGAGGGAGUGGCGUGUGCAAAAGGCGGUGGAGCUGGAGCGAUGCUAUCUCCCGUUAUCUACCUCCAGUGUGAGGCUGAAGGACGCGGCCAGAGCCUGA